AUGGGCGUAGGCAAAAGUGUUGAUCUUCAAGUAAAUUUCAAUCGAUCGGAUCGUUUUUAUUUUACUGGUGAACAAGUAUCAGGCAAUAUUUCAAUUGAUAAUACAUAUGAAAAAUUAAAAUGCAAUGAGAUUUUUAUUGAACUUAUCGGUGAACUUGGUUAUACAGAGCAUGAAACACGUACAAAUAAAGAUUCAAAUACAGACUAUCAUGAAUCAUGUUGUUACAUACCAUUUUUAACGAAAUGUUUACCUUUAACUCAAUCGAAUCAUGAACAAAGUCAAAUGAUUCUUUCUCGUGGAGAAUAUACAUGGCCUUUUGAAUUUUCCCUUCCAGAAACUUUACCUCCAUCAACAAAACCAAAUCUAGCAUCAUAUCCUAAUAUAAGAUAUUUUAUUCGAAUUGUUCUCAAUACACCAUGGUAUAAACAGAAUCAAACUGAUGAAUAUUAUUUUACAGUUUGUCCUCAAAUAAAUCUGUAUCAUAUCAAUAAUGCACAAAAAACAAUUUAUUUUAAUAAACAAAAUCGAAAACAAUUACAAUUUGAAGGUUAUCUUUUACGUAAUGGAAUUAUUCCUGGUCACUCAUUUUCAAUUCAAGUUAAACUUCAAAAUCCGGAACGUACCAAAAUCAAACGAAUUCAAGCUGAAUUCAUUCAACAUCGACAAACUGCUGUAGAUCGUCAUCAGGAAAUCAUUUUAUCUACUGAUUUACCUGGUUUUUAUAAAUUUGAUGGUGCUAGUUUACAACAAAAUUUUGAUUUACCUUUACCUAAAGAUUAUAUAGCACCUACAUAUUUAUUUGAAACAACAUGGCAUAAUCAUAAAUAUCAUCUUACUAUUGAAUAUGAAUUAAUAUUAACAAUAAAACCACAUGGUCUUUUUACUAAACUUGAAGUUAAUCUUCCAGUUAUUGUUGGUACACAAUUAAAUUAUGAAAAUCAAAUACAAGAAAGAAAUGAUGAUAAAAAUAUAUAUCAUAUCGUCGAUGAGAUGGAACCACCACCGAGUUAUGAAUCAAUCAUUAUUAAUAAAUAG